UCUGCAGGGCUACCAUGUCUCCAUCUUCAGCUCUGAAGAGUCUCCUUUCCACCUGUGUCCUUGCUGCCUUGGUUUCCAGCAUUGUGGAGAGUUAUAAAUGUACAAGCUGCCCUCUUAAUUCAUGUAAUGCUGAUAUGGAGACAACUUGUGAAGCAUCUCAAAGCUGCUUCAGAUACAAGCAAGAAUUAAGGACAUCAGGGGAACUCUUACAAUAUGUUGAGGAGAAAGGUUGUUCUUCAAGCACGUGUGUCCCAAUGAUGUUCUCAGCCACACUGGGGGAUAAUCAUACAUUUGUGUACAACCAGCAAUGCUGCCAAGAUGAGCUCUGUAACCAAGGUGACAUCCAAGUGCUUCAGAAGUCCUCAAAACCCAGUGGAAUUAAAUGUCCUGCCUGCUACAAUGUGCAUGAUAUUUCCUGUGACCCAGUUCUUCUCACUUGCACUGGUACAGAGACAAAGUGUGUGGAAGUUAUUGGCAUAGAUAGCCCUAUAUUUCUGGUUUUUGCCAUGGGUUGUGCUACUGAAACUGCCUGCAACUUGAAGAAUAUAAGUAUAUUGAAUAACAUAAAAAUCCGUACCUACUGUGUAGAACAAAGUGUUGGAGACCCCUACUGAUGUUCAUCACCUCAUCAAACUUGAAUGGUCCCUUCUUGCUCAAAGUCUUGCUUUGAGGUUUCCAGUGUUACCAUGUUCAUAAUGCUACAAACCUGAAAAGGCUGAAAGUCCUCAGAUGACUCGGCUUCCUAGUAUUCCCAAGACAAUGCAGAUUAAACUGUUGAUACUUCCUUAA